AUGGCUAUGCGUGACGAAAUUCUAGCUCAAAUCCAAUGUGCAGAAUUGGCUGGAUCUUACGAGCAAAUGAUCAAGUAUUUGAAAGAAUUGAUUAAGCUGGACCCGAAAUUAAAUCCUGAAGCAUUGCAGUGGUUAUCGACUGCGUACGAAAGAGUCGUUGGCAAUCGUCGUUAUGUUUGGCUUGAAAUGAAUAACGAAAAUCCAAAACCACGCUCGAGUUCUAAGUUUCAUAAAUUUCAUGUUGAUUCUAAUCCAAAUAAGGUCGAGAAUGAGAUUCGUCAUUAUUGCAGAGAAAUUAUUAAUAUGGUUACUGAAAAACUACUUCCAAUCGCUGAAACACUUGAUGAAAAGAUUCUUUUCUACAAAUUGCUUGGUGAGUACAAUCAUUAUUUAACAGAAAUUGAGAAUGGUACUGCUUGUAGAGAAGCCAGAGAUGCCGCUAUCAUUGGAUAUAGCACAGCUUAUGAAUUAUCAAAUGGGUAUUUUGCAUCUUGUAAUCCCAUCCGCUUAAGUUUGAUUCUAAACUUCUCUACAUUUCGCUACAAUAUUCUAAAUCAUUAUGAUCUUGCCUAUCAAAUGGCAGAACAAGCUUAUAGUAUUGCUACGGAUGAACUGAACAAUCUCGAUGAAGAAGAUAAGCCCAUACCUAUGCAAAUUAUUCAGUCUAUACGCCAAAACUUGUCGACGUGGGACAGAGAAAGCAAGCAUCGCGAUUCGCAUAGAGUUAGGUUAAAUUCCUAUUGA